GCUGCGGGCGCAGCGGCGCGGAGGGGACGGGUGCGGGACGGGAACCAGGACGGGGCUGGGGCGGCCGCAGCCGCCACCUGAGGCGUCGGACACCGCGAGGUGCGGCCUGCGCCUCGUACCCUUCCCUCUCUUCCCCGCCUCCGGCCGCCUUCCGCGAGCCCCGGCUCCCGACGGACAAUGUCCCACCAGCGCGUGAGGCGCGGCGGCUCCCCGACCCCCGCCACCUCCUUGGCGGGGGGAGGCGGCGCGGCGGCGGCGGGCGGCGGAGCAGCGGGAGCGAGCAGCCGCCUCCAGCCCAUGCGGGCCACGGUGCCCUUCCAGCUCAAGCAGCAGCCGCAGCAACAACAUGGCAGCCCCACGAGGAGCGGUGGCGGCCCGGCAGCGGGGCUCCCACGCGCGGCGCCCCCCGGCAGCGGCGGGCGCGGCGGCCCCGCCACGGCCCCGCCGGGGGGAGCGGGGAGCGGCGGCGGCGGCGCCUCUUCGCGGGGCAGCCCCACGCGUGGCCAUGGCGGGGCGCGGGGCAGCCCCCCGCGGCACCACCACCUGCCGCCGCCGCCCCCGCCGCCGGCCAGCGGGCCCUCGCCCUGCUCCUCGCCGGUGCCUCCGCUGCCGGAGGGCAGGGUCCGGCACCACCACCGGCGGCAGUCGCCGGAGCAGAGCAGGAGCUCCCCAGAGAGGAAGAGUCCCAGCUCCCCCGUCUGCAAAGGAGGUGACAAAUCCAGGCCCCCUUCAUCAAGCCCUUCCAGCAUUGUUCGCCGCACCUCUUCCCUGGACACGCUCGCUGCUCCGUACCUCGCUGGACAGUGGCCUCGGGAUAACCACGGGCAAGCUGCUCCCUGUAUGAGAGACAAGGCCACACAGACAGAAAGUGCCUGGGCUGAAGAAUAUUUAGAAAAGAAGAGAAGCUCACACAAACGUUCAUCAUCAUGGGGCAGCAAUGAACAGCUCAAGGAGAUUGCAAAAUUGCGUCAACAGCUGCAGAGAAGCAAACACAGCAGCAGGCAUCAUCGGGACAAGGAAAGGCAGUCCCCUUUUCAUGGCAACCAUGCAGCCAUUAACCACAGUCAGGCUCACAUCCCAAAGAGUGCUCUCGUUCCUGUGAUACCGAUUACCAAAUCAACGGGGUCACGGUUCCGAAACAGCGUAGAAGGAUUGAAUCAGGAGAUUGAGAUAAUAAUUAAGGAGACAGGAGACAAAGAGGAACAACUUGUUCCUCAAGAUAUCCCAGACGGGCACCGUGCCCCGCCUCCGCUGGCGCAGCGCAGCAGCAGCACCCGCAGCAUUGACACCCAGACCCCCGGUGGGGCAGACAAGGGCAGCAACAACAGCAGCCGCUCCCAGUCCGUGUCUCCAAGCUCCUUUCUCACCAUCUGUAAUGAAGGCAGGGAGGAAAGCCCGUGUUCUGCAGAUGAUCUGCUUGGUGAUUCCAGAGAUAAAGAAAAUGGGAAUAAUUCUCCCUUGCCAAAAUACGCUACCUCGCCAAAACCCAACAACAGCUACAUGUUCAAGCGGGAACCUCCUGAGGGCUGUGAAAAGGUGAAAGUCUUUGAGGAAAACUUGCCAAAGCCAUUGCACGAAAUUCCAGCCUUCUAUUGCCCUGACAAGAACAAAGUGAAUUUCAUUCCGAAAAGUGGCUCUGCUUUCUGUCUUGUCAGCAUCCUCAAGCCACUUCUUCCCACACAGGAUCUCACACUUAAGGGCACUACACACAGCCUGACUGUCUCCUCCAGCAUGACGCCUGGUUUGUUACAGCCCAUUUCUAUGGCUUCCUUGACUACAAGCACAGAUCAAGACAGGAUCUCUCGUGGAACAAGUACAGUAAUACCACAGAGCUCUCUGCUCCAGCAGCCAGGAUGUAUUGAGGAAGCUGAAGAAUAAUUUAGAUUGUCUUGACUUUUUUCUGGGCAACUACUGGGAAAAAAAUGGAACCAGUUGACCGGACCUUUCUGAUCACACACAUGCAUUGUUUUAACAAUUUAUGGCACUGCCAUAAUCAAAACUGUUUGCAUAAUUGACAGUUUGUAGCACAUUAAGAAGUUCAGGAGGAUGCAGCAGCUGAUAUGCUGUUGUACUUCCUGCUUUGGAAGACUCUGGUUCUGUUUCUCUUCUGCUUUUUUUAAACACUGGUGAAAACAAAGACUAUCAUAAUCCUUUCCCAUUUAAAGGACCAGUUGUUUUGAUGGUGUGUGUCCUCUUGACUUUUUUUUCCCCACUAAAACAAGUCUCAAGAUCAGCCAGCUGAUCCCAUUUACCAUUGUAAUCUGCAGAGGGAGGGGCAAUCAGAUGGUUUUGCAAGAUGUCUUUUGUAUGAAAAUGUGUAUUUUGUAACAAAAUUUUGCCUUUCUGGUUUGUAGCAGAUGGUGUUUCCUGGUGAUGAUCCCCCUACCCUUUUUUUUUUUUUCCUUUGGUAGGGAAGGAUUUUUUUAUACUUUGGCUUACAGCUCAUGGGACCAAAGGAUUGCUGAACUAUUGCAGCAAUCUCAAAUUAUGUGACCUUGCUGAACAGCCUCAGACCUAAACAAAGCAAAACAAGUUAAUAUGUUCGAAACUUUUAAAAAGAAGAGUAUGCAAAAACAGUGUUAGUGUAUUGUGUAAAUUUUUUGAUAUCAAAAAUUUGUGCUUCUGGUAAGUCACAUUCUUAAAAUUCCUUCCUUCACAGAAUUCCUACUAGUGUUGGUUUAUUGGCUGGAAAAUUGCAUUUUAAAGCACUUGCCCUGCUAUUGUUCUAUUUGUCCAUAGAAUUUUUGUGCAGAUGUAGGGAAAAAACAUAAUAUCCUCUUACUCAGUAUGCUUUCUUCCAGAAAAUACUUGGCUCUUACAGGCUUGCUUAGAUCCUUAUGAGUCAGCCUGAAUCAUUAAUCACUCUUGAUACAAAUUUGCUCUGAUGUGAUUCAUCACUGUAUUAUAGACCCUGGCCACAUAGUACUGAAAUACCUGUGCAUGGUUUCCUCCCUUUUGUCAUAGUGGUGUUUGUGUGUCUGUUGAAGGUGAUGGUUUGUCAGGCAUGAUAUCUGUUAUGCAGAAGUUUACAGCAGCAGAUGUGCUCUCUCUUUUUGACUAGCAGCUUCGGCUGGCAUGUAAAACAGGAUUUUUUGAUACUUGGUUUGUCCUGAUAAUGUGGCAGUUAAUGGUUGCUUUGAAAUUACAGUGAAAGGCAAAAAUGGGGGGCGGGGGGGGGCAGGCAGCUGCAAACAGAAGCUGUUCAGGAACUUCACUGAGGUUUCUCAUGUGUUCCUGGAGUGCAUUACUUGGGUUUGAGUUAAUACAAUUAUAGACAUGCAGAAAGCUCCAAUGACCUGAAUACCAGUGUCAUAGUCACUUAUAAAACAAAUUGAUCUUGUACCUCUUUAACAGAGUUAGAUUCAGUAAUUUCAAAGUAAAUGUCAUUGUGGACAGUCUCUGGGUCUGAAUAUUGGUCUGUUACACGCAAACAGGUCUCACUGGCUUGCAUAUACACAACUUCCAUUGACAUAGUUUCCAUGGAUCAGUUGUAUUCUCAGGUCUCCUCAUAAUGGCAACUAUUUAAAGAUGAUAUUGCAGAUAUAACAGUCUUGUUCAGUGCUUAAGAUGAUGGAUUUGCUUGCAAACAGUUUGAUUUAGGGAAAAACCCCUUGCAUAUGUGUGCAGAUAAUCAUCAUAAUUUUGAUGCAUAUUUGCUGUUCCUUUAUGUUCUGUAUUAGUAACUAUGGCUGCAGUGUACUUCAUUCAGCAAGUAAGUGUAAAUCAUGCUAGAAUGUGCAAGUUCUCUAUUUAUAGUAUUUUUUAAAUGUUAUGCAAAAAAAACCCAGUAAAUUAAAAUUGUACCAGAAGGUAUAAAAGUAUUUCACCUGUUAAAUUAGCAGACAAGAAUAAUUUGGCUUACUAUCUAUUUUCCCAUGAAAAUGGGCAGGAUUAUUUUGAAGUAAUAGUUUUGAUUUACACUGACAUUGCCAGUCACCUGGAGUUGUUGAGGAACAGAGCUUUAAAAAUAAGCAGAUUUGUGCACCAAACUUGUGUAAUUUUGCCAGCUGAUAGUUCUUUUCUAGGCUUUGUGGGUAUUAAUUUGUUUCUUCUGAAACACUUACAGUGCAAUUUGAAGUCUAAAAUAUACUGCUUUAGAUAGGUUUGUUUAAACCUGGUGUGACUGAUCCGGAUCAUAUUCAGGUGAAGGAAGUGCUUUUAAGUCUGUUUUCUAUUUCUGUAACAGUAGCAUGUAAAGAACUUCAUUGUUGCCAAACUGCCUAGUGCUUUAUUAGGAGAUCUUAACUGAAUGGUUAAGAACCAUUAAGAAGGGCUAAAGUUAACAAAUAGCCUCUAUUACAGCCUUGACACUUAACUGACUUCACCAAAAUGCAUUCUGAUGUUUGUUUUCAUCACAUUGUGACUCUCCCAAGCAGCAGUGGGCUUUCUUACUGUAGGACUUUCUUUUGCACCUGUUGUUGUAGGACUUGAGUAUCUCUGGUAGUUUACCUUGUAUGUUAUUGGACAAUGUACUGUACAAAUUAGUGAGCUGCUCUGAUAAAAACCAAAUGUAAAUGUGUGAAGUUUUUGCUUUUUAUAAAAGAACAGCAUUCAGGACAACAUUCAGUCUUUUUUAUAUACAGGACAACUCUACUAUUGCUGUGGCAGCUCAAGUUUAUUACGAAUCCACACUAUAGACUCAGAGUUAAGAAAAUAUGACAGCUCUUGUUCUGAGACCAGCUUUGAUGUGUGCAGACAAAAAUUAGCCUUAAAUUUUUUAUGUGCUGUCUUGUGCCAUAGCAUAGCUGUUAGCUGAAGUAUUUAAAUCGAUUUGCAAAUAGCUUUGAGAGUGCAUGGAGCUUUUAAAAAAUUCUUAUAUGUAUAGAGUGGGAUGUUCAUUUUUGGAGGGAGCUGACCUGUGCAUCACAGAAGCACAGCUUUACUGAAAGAAUUCAAAUUCUUUUGGCUUACUUAAAAUCCUAACUAUGCAUAGACCUAGUCAGUUCCCCUAUUGCCUACUUUGUAGCUUAAGAAACAGUAAAGAUCUGUUUUUAUGCACAACUUGAUACAUUUGAUAUUCUUGUUUUCUUGGUGUGCUACGCUUCUAGUCACACUUAAAAGCUGGUGAUUGUGUUCAAUAACACUGGCAGUUGAUUUUGAGAUGUACUAAAUGCUGUUACUCCAGUUGUAAAUUCUACUUAAAUCAUAAGGAAGGAGUGCAUUGUAACAAAGUCUGUGGUGGCAGUUGUGAUUAUUAGAAUUGUUUUUUCAAAAACUCAAGGCACAGGAGAAGAGGGCUCCUUUGGUAAAGUUUGACCUGCAUCAGCUAUUCUUUCCUUGCUUGGUGCCAUAAUCCUGUAGCAUUUAAGUACUUGGUAAAGUAACAGACAGUGCUUAAGUAUAUAUAUCUUGGAAAGAAAUUCUUGGUUUCAGGUAUGUAUCCCAAGUGAGCAAAAAAGGGAGUGAAAAUUAAAUAUUACUUACUGUGGCGGUAAAUGAUUGCUGUGUUUGAUUUACGUAAAGCAAUAGCAGCUCUUAUAAAGUAUGUUUAGUCUCAGGGCUAUUUUUUGAUUUGUUCUAAAAUACAAUUUCCUGGAAUUCAGAGUCUGAGAAUGUUGAAAAACACUGAGACUGAGUUUUUUGGGAAGAAGGAAACAAAGUCAUAUCAAUUAACCUUUCCUCUGCCUCAGGCCAAACUUCUUGUUGCUUAUUAAGAGAAUUCACUGGUAGCACACUAAGUCCCUGCUGAAGUAUUAUCUGUUCUCUCUCCCUGACAUCUCUAAAAUGCUGACUGAUGUCUUCACAGAAACUCAGUGCCAGUGAUGUCCAUAUUUCUUUGCUGAAUGUUUCCUUGCUGAGUACUUGACACCUUCUCCAUCAAGCUGAGAGGGCAAAGGAGGAAGCAUAGGAAGUGACCAGAGACUUGCAGUUAGAGAUCAUUCCUGCAGGGUGACUUCAUGGGUGUCUUGAUUUCUGUUUGACUUACUGUGUGCAUGCAAACAGGUCUGCCGCUUUAAUUUGUGGGCUUGGAGACAGAGCUGGUAUUUUUGAGAACCUUUUAUUAUUUUUUUUUCCCAUGUACAGACUUGCAGAGCUGAUCUCUUCCAGAACUGAUGCACACUUUACAUGCAUCUCCAGAGCAAAGCUUAUGUGGUGUUCUUACUUGUCCUCAUGAGAUUAAUAUAACCUACAAAAAGGAAAUAAAGGCACCCAAACACUUGAGAACAUCAGGACUUGUGCUUUCUCCAUAUAAUUCCAUAGUUCUGGUGUGUGCCCUUCAUCAGAUGAUUUAGACCCGAGCCAGGUUGAUAUAUGUUAAACCAAAAAUGUUUGUUGUUAGGAAAGGCAAUAGAAGGUAAGUCCUUCAUAACCUAGGGAGGUGAAAAGCACUGGGGAACAAUUGGUUUUACUGUGAUCAAAGAGUUCUUUUUAGAAUUGUUUUUCUGAUUAUGGGUAAACAGGAAAACAAAGUUACCAAUCGCUGCCAGAUGUACCUGUGUAUUUUCUUGAUACGAGUUUGUGAGCAUUCAGCAUCUCUGAAAAUCAGUUCCACUCUUAGUGUUCUGUUUAUGCAAAGAAUGACUUGGAGGCAUUAUUUGGAAACUGUUACUUUGCACAUCAACUGGGGGAGAAUGUUAACUACUCACCAGUGUUCUGUGAAACUCCAGUCCUGUACCCCAGCUGAACUGCAGCAGUCUCUUUCUGAAUGCUCCAAAUGGAAAUGGAGUCCUGGUACUGCUUGCUUGGUUUCAUUGCAUGUUGUCAGUAAAUGCUUAAGGUAUGGUCUUUGUUUAAUAGUUUUUCAUUGGGAUUUGUAUUUGACUACAGAGACUUCUGUAGUGUUGACAGAUCUAUCUGAAUAGCAGAAGAGGACUUGGCCUGAUAACACUGCAAAUUAACAUUUAUUACACAAACUUUUGGAGCAACUCUCUUUGGAAAAAUCUACUAAGCUAAAAAAAGAAAACAAACCCCAUAAUACAUCCUAAUUGUCAAUGUACUGAUAGUUAAGAACAUAGCUUGGCUUCAUUCUAAGUUAUUUCUUCUAUUAAAAUGUGCAAUUUUUGAGGGUAGCAGUCAAGGGAUGUUCAAAACUGCCAUUAGAUUUGCCUUUGUAUGAAAUUGGCUGACAUGUUUUCCUCUGUUACACUGUGAUAACUUGUGGAGAUGUUCUUGCUUAUGUUGUACUGAUAGGUUACUUGUUGCAUGUAAAGCAAUUUUUGUAAGCAAGAGGAAUUCCAGGGAUGUUCUGUAAAAAAGGGCCUAUUCUGAGGUGAUGUACACUGUUGUAAAACUGGAGCAGCUCAACUAAUUUCAAUGGAAUUCUUGAUUUACACUAGUCUUUUUGCUAUGUGUAGUUAUGCCAGUACAAUUUUGCACAAUGUUAUUUGAAUAUUGCGUUCUGACUUGUGAACUGUUUCUACUGAAAACAGUGAAAAUUUUACAAACUGCAAUAGCGGAAUGUUUUUGGCCUUUUUUUUUGUUUUUGCCUAAAAUAAAAAGUUGUCACUUGAA